AUGGGGUUUAAAGACUUGCAUUUGUUUAAUCAGGCCUUACUCGCAAAACAAGCCUGGCGCCUUCUUAAUGAGCCUGAUAGCCUAUAUGCAAGAUUCAUGAGAAGUAGAUACUUUGAAGAAAGGGAUUUUAAUAGUGCUACUCUUGGUACUAGACCUUCCUUUGGCUGGAGAAGUCUCUUAUUUGGCAAAGAACUCUUGGAUAAGGGGCUUAAAUGGAUGAUAGGUAAUGGUGAAGAUACUUUAGUGUGGGUGUCUCCUUGGUUGGAUGAUGGUAUCAGAAUGAGAAGUCCUCUUAUGAAAAAUAUAUUUGUAGACCUGGACUUGAAGGUUUCAGCUUUGAUUGAGCAACAUUCAGAUGUGGAGCUCAUUUUGAAAAUGAAGAUUACUCAAGAUUCAAAAGAUUUCAAAGUUUGGAAGUUCAAUGUGAGUGGUGCUUAUACUACUAAAUCGGGUUAUUGGUUGGCAGCGAAUCUAGCAAAAUCUGAGCUUAGAAUUUUCUUAUGGAAAAUUUUGUCUGCGGCUCUCCCGGUGGCUAAUGGUUUAAUGGCUAGAGGCAUAUUGGUUGAUGAUAGAUGCCAAUUUUGUGGUCAUGUUGGUGAAUCAGAGGUCCAUCUGUUCUUCACCUGUCCUCUGGCUAGGCUUAUUUGGGCAGUGGCUGAAAUUCCAGUUCCAAGAUCGGGCUUUAGCUCUUCUUCGAUCUAUCAGAAUUUUAACUAUCUUCUGGAACUGCAGGCAAACCUCAAUAUUCCCAUUUGGAAUGCUUUUAUUUUUGAGGGUUUGGAGUUUGAUGCUAUAUCAGUGGUGAAUAAAGCUUUUAAUGAUAUGAAUGAAUGGUCUCAAGUUCAGCAGAGAGGAGACCUUUCUGUCAAGAAUUUAGUUGCUGAUACCACAGUAAAUCGAUCGGAAUGGAUUCCUCCUCCGAUAGAUUGGAAGAAAUGUGAUAUAGGAGUUGAAUGGGACAAAAAGAAUCAUAUAUGUGGAGCAGCGUGGUUGCUUAGAGAUGAUAAAGGGGUUGUUCUUAUGCAUAGCCGUAACUCCUUUACUAAUGUUCUAUCUGUGAUGGAGGCUCAGGAAAGAGUUUGGUUGUGGGCAAUAGAAAGCAUGAGUAGCCUCCAUUUUUCAAAAAUUGUCUUUGCAGCAGAAUCCAAGGAGUUGGUUGGAGCAGUAACUAGACCACCAGCUUGGCCUUCUUUCAGGUGGAUUUCUAGAAAAAUUCUAUCUUAUCUCCAGUACAUUCCUGAUUGGAAAUUGGAGAAGGUUGAUAGAAUGAUGAUUUUGGGGGCUUAUUGUAUAGCGCAGAGUGUUGUGUUGUGGGAUCUAUUUCAAUCGUACGUGGCCACUAGCUUUCCCUCUUGGUUAUCUGGGUUUUUUUGCUCGGUUUCUGUCUAG